AUGAGGUGUGCAUUACGUACAGGAGUAUCAUUCUGCUUAAAAAAUUUUGGAAGGAGGUUUAAGACGUCCAAUUCGUUGCCUUCUAUGACAUUUCGUGAAUCCUUUCAGCCCUACAUUAUCCUUUGGAGGAAACGUUUGCCCCCCAGGAGGUGGCCUGAAACUCAACUUGGACCUAUUGAGGCCGUAAAUCCCAGGUGUCCAUUACCGGGUCAUGUAGGAUUGUUGGAAAUAUCGAAAGAGACCGAGAUAUCGCUCAUUCCCGCAACUCUUAUUUUACCCCCUACUUCGACGAAUCACUAUGUAUCGAUCAUGGUUCAAGCUGACUUCGAUGCCAAAACCCAGUCCCUUGUUCCUGAUAUCGACACCAGCCUUAUUGAAUAUGUUGUGUGUGCAUGCCCGCAACUCAUUAAACCGGAUCUUAGGACUCUUUUCCCUAGUAAGAAUUUCUUAGGGGCUCGGAUGACGACCAUUAUAUUUCGUUACAAAAUGGAGAUACAAACAAUUGAAAACAUCGAACAGGUUUUUGAGAUUUUUAUACAAUCCGCAAUUGACAUAUGUGCAUUACUGCGAAAUUUUGGUUAUUGGGCUGAUUUCAUCCAUCCAGCAUCGGGUAUACCGUACCUCGAGUUUCAUGCCGAACCGAAUAUCAGCCGUUUGAACAGACGGUUGACGCCUUUUUUCUUCGUUGUGGGCGACGAUGGUUGCUGCAAGAUUCUUCGAAGCCGACACUUUGAUGGACGCUUGUUUAUCGGCGUAAUUUUCACAGAUGCCCCGAAGAACCACCCCAUUCUGACUCAAUUUUCCACCAUUGAGAGAUAA